AUGUUUUCAUCUUAAUUUUAUUUUAAAUUGGGUGAGAAUAAGUAAAUUAAAAGAGGAGCUUUUGCAGGAUUUAUUUUGACAUUAAGUAUUUUCCUUAUUAUAUUUUCUUACUUUAUUUACUUAACAAUACAAUACGCAAUAAACGGGAUAGACCCUAAAUAUAGAUCUCAAACCUUUGUAACUGAUGAUCUUAUUCAGUUAGAUUUAAGCAGUGAUAUGGUUGGUUUCAGGUUUGAAUACUAACUUAACAAAGAUGUAGCCCUUCUGGAGUCUUAGUAAAAUAAAAAGUAUAUUGUGUAUUAGGCCUACUUAAAUUAUCAAAGCCCAACUUUUUCUAUGAUGAAGCGUAUCGAUAUAGUGAAUUGUACAAACCCUUAACUUGAUGGAUAUUACUGUAUUGACUAUUCUUAAGUUUCCAACUAUACUCUUGAAUAUAGCUCUAAAGGUAGUGUCAAAAGUUAAGUCUUUCUCUUAGCUUAUGGUUGUUUGGAUCUUGAUCAUGCUAAAAAAACAAUUCCUGAUAACUGUGCUAGUUAAAAAGAUAUUGAUGAUAUGGUCAACGGCAAAUAGGCAGCUUUACGCAUAAAAUUGCUAUCAUAGUAGUACAAUACAACUUCAUAAAAGGUUCAACAAAUUUACAGAAAUAAUUUCAUGUAUUCUUAUUCAAAUUAAGCUCUUUGGACUGAAUUUAAAGGUCAAAAAUAAACCACUUCAGUGAAGGAUGGUUUUUUAAUUUAAUCUGAAUAAUCUUUUUCUUCGCUAUUAUCCUAUGACUAAAUCAACUAAAGUUACCAAAGAAGUGAGGUUCUAAAUCCUCAUCAUGGAAUUGGACCUUAUUGCAAAUUCUCAAUCUCCUUGGAUGAAGUUUACUUUUAAAUCUAAAUUUAGUAUCCGACUUAUCCUGAAAUAUUAGCUAUGCUGAAUAACACUUUUGUAAUUGUUGUAAUUCUAGGAUACUUUGGUAGAAUUAUCGCUUAGAAAGUAAUAAAGUAAGAAUUUUUCCUUCUAUUCUUGUAAAAUAUGUACUAGGACACUUAUGAACAAAUAAUGCAAAUCAAUUAGAUAUUUUAGAAGGAGGAUGGAAUAUACUUUUAGAAAAAUAAAUUUAAAAAAGAGAUUGGAAAUAAAUAUGAAGAAUUAAAUAACUAACAAUUAAUAGAUAUUCCUUCUUUUGUGGUGGAAUCAAAAUAUGAUGAGGUGAAGGAAUUUAAAGAGCCUAAAAUAGGUCUAAAGAAGAUUAGCGAUAUUGAGACAGAUGGCAAUAAUAGUGAUUACUUAGCAAAAGAUAAGAUAGGGUAAUCAAACUUAAUUGAAAAUGAAAAAUUUAUUCAUCCAAAAUCUACAUCUCCAUCAGUUUUAGAUUUACCUAAAUACUUAUCUAGCAAGAUUACAGAAAGCUUAGCAUAAGUUUCCAAGUUAAAACUUAAACAAUUUGUGGAUAUUGAUUAAAUAAAAUUGAAUGAAUAGUAAAAUGAACUUUCAUAAGUUAUAAACAGCUAAAUACUUGAUAAAGAAAAGGCUUUACAAUUUUAAAGAGAGUCGAUUUAAAAAUUGAACAAAAAAGAAAUCAACAAAUAGUUUAAAAAGAAAUUAGAAGUUAUGAAAAAUUCUAAAGUUUCCAAAAAUUUACAAAAAAUCAUAUUUGGAACAAAGUUAUGGUAAAAGAAACAAUAUACUAAUUAGUAAGAUUUUGAUGUAUCUGUGAAAGAAUUAAUUGAAUCUCAGGUUGAAAAAAGCUUAGAUAUUUUAUAGCUAUAUCAAGAUAUCUUAUUCUUGAAAAAGGCAGUGAUGAUUUUGCUCAGUAAAGAUUAACUUGCAGCUAUUUCACUUGUAGGUUGCUCGCCUUACUUUUUAGGUAAGAAGAAUCUUGAUACCUCCAGCGCAUAAGAAGUAAGUAGAAGAAAUCACUUUGAAGAAUAAUUCGCAAUAUCCUUAUCAAAUGAAUUAAAAACAAAAUAUAUCUAAAAGUUCUUAGAUAAAUGCACAAAAGAUACUGAAAUAAGUGAUGUUGAUUAUAGAAUAUUGUCAUCAGUCAUUAGCCAUUAAAUUAAUUGA